AUGCCCAGUUUGACGCACGCGCCGCAACUUUGUCUGUUUUUGUUCAUUACAAAGUCCCUGAAUACUCCAAAAAAGUUCACUGUACCGCCGUUGCAUCAGAUCGUGCCGUUGUAUGCUGCAUCGGACGCUUGCCUGAGCGUCCUUGCUAACAAAGUCUUACUUUUGCCUCUUCAAGGUGCGCUAGCGAUCACAGGCGCCGAGAUGAAUCCAAGCACACACAAGACCGCGCAAGACUUUUCAGGUUUAUUUGAAUUCCUUCCGAAUUAUUGGGCCCGCCUCGGGGAUCUCGGAGGAGUUAUCGGGGCUCCCCAGGGCUCCCCCUGCGCGCAUUUCGGACCGAAAGAAAAAGCCCUGGAAUUCGUCGAUCAGCACGAUCCGUUUUCAGUUGAACGCAAGCGGAACGGGGUGGAACACUGGUGGAACAGGUUCUGUCACCAAUAA